AUGAGUAAAAGAAUCGACCACGAUGAAGAAGACCGUGAUUCUUCGGAAUAUGAGCAGAUGGAAGACGAAGAAGAAGACGUUGAGCGUUUUCCCCAACAACAAGCUUUGUACGCCAAAGAAGACGAUCAUUUUCAACCGCAGUACAUCACGGAACAAGUGCCGACAACCAGCAAUCAAAUGGAAUUGCCCUUGCAAAUCGACUAUGAAGAAGUCUACCCACAUAGUACGGUACCAGUCGACAAUUCCUACAAUAUCCUGGAAGAUGGCAAGGUUUAUUAUGAGAACGAAAUGGAAGACCUGGUUUACCAUGAAAUUUAUGGAGAAGGAAGCGAUCAGAAAAUUGAAAUGGAUAAAAGAAUACGAAACAUAAUCGGAUCCAGCGCUUCAUGUAUCGUUUGUCAGCGAACUCAAUCCGAAAAGAUUCGACUGUUCACAUGGCCAAAAUCCGAAGAGCUUCGUGUCCAAUGGCUUCAUUUCUUCCGACUACCAUCUAGUGUGCUGAACUCUACUCAUGAAUCCUAUAUCUGCUGUUAUCAUUUCUCAUCGGAUGCUUUUAUUAUGAUGGAUGAUAAAAUCUGUUGGAAAAAGACGGCUCUUCCAAAAUAUCGCCAUCGACGUCCCGGACUUUCUGAACCCUUUCCGUGGGAACCGUCAAUGAAAAUCAAGCUGAGUCAGGAAAUAGCCACAUCGGCGGGAUACAGAAUACGCUAUCGAAUGCCGUUCAAUAAGCAUAAAACGAGAAAAGUUCAUGAGGUAGCCAUUCUGACUCCUAUUGCUCAACCCCAUUUAUACUACGAAUUCCAUUUCAAUCGUUAUGGAUUAAAUAACACCAAAUUUUAUGCUUGUCUAAGUUGCCGAAAAGCAAAAACCGAGAGUGGAAUUCGAGACGUAAUCCGGACGAUUCAUCUAGAUGGAUACAAGUUUUUGAGCAGUGGAGAUCCAUUCAAUGGGCAUCAUUUUGCUUGUCGACCUCAUAAUGUUUAUGAUUCCAAAUCGAUGUGGCGUCCGGUUCCUGGCCAAAACGAGGACAACAAUGCAUACCAAGGAGUUGAAUACAUGGAUACUGCUGGCGAGUCCUUGGAAUGGAAUUCCAUGGUUCGUCCGGGAGAAGGAGGCGACGUGGCGACAAAAGAUGAAGAACCACCAAUCAUUUUGUAUGAGAACUUUGAGAAUCCGAUUUCAGAAGAAGUCAUUGAGACGGACUACGUUCUAGAAAGAGCCGCUACCGAUCAGGUGGGAUAUCCACAAGAUCCCCAAGAAGAAGAGGAAGAAGAAGAAGAACGGAUUGCUCACAACAAUCAGUCUCAUCGAAAAUCAUUGUCACGAAAAGCGCGCAUCAAGUGUCACCUGUGCAUGAAAUCUAACUUUUCAUCUACUCAAAGUUUCGUGGCCCAUUUACAAAAGCACAUAAUAGACGAGAAACCGUGCAAAAAGUGUGAAAAGCUAAUUUCCUGCGAUUCUCCAUCGAUUUGUAUUCGAAGGAAUUUGUGUGAAAAAUGUUAUUCCACCUAA